AAGAAUAGGUCAAAAGAUCGAACUUCAAAAUAGGAUGAAAUGAUGAGAUAAAUUUGUUGUUAAAUUGUUGAUCAUUAUCCUCAAACCAACAUCCUCCAAAUCAAAUUCGCACAAUCAUCUUUGUCAUAAUGAUGCAAUUUUGAGGUUCAAGUUUGUUAAACGAAAAUCAUCCAUUCAAAAACAAUUUUUUCAAAACAUGAGCACUAAUGAGAAUAAUAAUGAAAAGUGUGGGUGGACAAAAUUUUCCGAAAGUAAAUUGAUUGAAGUUGAAAAGAAGAUAUUAAGUGUGGUGCAGACAGCCUAUAAGACUUGGUUUGUGCCUAUUGGAUCUACUGUGGGUAAAGAUGACAAAAUUUGGACUGUAGUUGUAAAUGGAGAAUCCAAAAAUACCCCAUUAGUUCUGCUUCAUGGUUUCGCAGCUGGACUCGGUUUCUGGUGCCUGAAUUUCGAUGCAGUAGCAAAAGAAAGGCCAGUAUACGCCAUAGACUUGUUAGGGUUUGGCCGUUCAACUAGGCCAGAAUUCAGCAACGAUAAUGUCGAAGCUGAACAGCAAAUGGUCAGAUCUUUGGAAGAGUGGAGGAAAAAGGUAGACUUGGAUAAAUUUAUACUAUUGGGACACAGCUUCGGAGGUUACUUAGCUACGAGUUAUGCAAUAAACUAUCCCAACAGAGUUAAACACUUGAUUUUGGCAGAUCCUUGGGGUUUCAGUGAACGACCUGCCAAGUUGGAUAUACCAUUUUUUUACAAGAUAAUGGGUUUUUUGUUUUAUCCAUUGACUUAUUUGAACCCACUCGCUACCGUAAGAGCAGCGGGACCCAUUGGUCCUUGGUUGAUACGAAAAGCAAGAAGAGAUAUCGCAGCGAAGUAUAGGGAUGUUGUUGAAGAUACUGAGGUUAUUACAGAGUAUAAAUUAUUUAUUAUUUCAUUUGCAAUUCGUAUUUAAAGGGGCGAAUCGGCUUUUCAAAGAAUGAAAGAAAAUUUAGUUUGGGCAAAAAAUCCGAUGGUUCACAGGUUUCAAAAGUUGAGCAGAGAUACGCCAGUAACUAUACUGUAUGGAAAAGAAUCUUGGAUAACACAAAUACCCGAGGAAGUCUUCAAAGAGAAAAGGCCAAAUUCCUUCAUCAAAGUUGAAAUUAUACCAGAUGCAGGACAUCACAUCAACGCUGAUCAACCAAUGCUAUUCAAUGAAGCUGUCUGCGAAACAUGUAAACAAUCUGAUAUCUCCGGAUACGUCAUUGAAACUGAAAUGACUGAGGGAGAAGAAAAAGAGGUGGAGGAAGAAACGAGAGAAACUCUCAAAAACAAAAUAGAUCCAAUAUGUGAAGAGAAUCUGCAUAAUUUACAACUUUGUAACAAUAAAAUAUGAUAAGAGUAAUAUCAAAGAUUUGGAAAGCUUUAAUUUUCCCAGUGAUAUGUGCACUUCUCAGUAUUAUUUUGAUUUCAGGGUAAUAGGAUGCUUGGAUUAAAUAUGUGAAUGACA